UUGAUUUGUAAAUCGCUAUAGUUAGCUAUAGAGGAUUUAUAAAUCACUAUAGUCAGUUAAUUUGAUUUUCUGAAUAUUGUCAGCAGCGCUUAAAAAUUGAAUUGUGAAUACCAUGGGUCAAAUUUAUCAUACAAAUUGAAAAUCUAUUGAUCACGUCUCAAUUUGGGUUGCGAAUGUCGUCGCUACUUUCGUCCAUCACAAAAUGUGUUAAAUUUAUUUAUGCACCUCGAUCGUGCAUGAAAUAUUUCUCCGGUUUUUCCCGCGCAUCCGUUUCCCUUUUAUCAGCCGGCUGCUGUUCGGAUCGAUACAUCCGACUGCAUAAGGUCUGUUAAACUACAACAAACACAGCAUGCAAGCGUCAUUCCGUAAGUGCCGCUGGGUCUGUUUAUUUUGCGUGUACCGUGGAUAUAAAGCGGGUAUUAAACGGGAGUAUUUCCUGGAAGAGGAGUGCAGUGUCAUUUGAUUAAUAUUAUGCUCGGCCUGUGCGGCCUCUCUCCUGGUCGGAUUAACAGGAUAAAAGUGCACUCGGCGCGUUACAAUCGGUCCCCCUUGGCCCGGCCACUUCAUUCUCGUUUUGCCGUACAUGUACACCGGUACACGUCGCAUGUUGACUCACGCGCAACAGGAUCUUACGGCGCACUUAGCCCGCGCCAACAAUGCUUGAUUAUUUGUGUACCGAAAAAAUUUCCUCCCAUUCCCCCGGACACGUUCAGGGCCGCGCGACCGUGGGAUCGUAUUACCGCGCUGCAGCGCCGGGGAGAGUGUUAAACGCGAUGUGCCGCCUACGGAUCAGCGGCCGCGAGCAUUCUCACUUGUGCGGCCGAUUUAUUGUUGAUCAUUUAGAAUAGGAAAAAUGCUCCUGCUCCCGGUGUUCUUCUUAAGCCAGGUGGGCAGUAUGGUGCAGGGCAUCCAUCUGGAGAUGAUCAGCCUGCUGCCGCGGUCCAUCCCUGUCGGGCCGGCACUGCCCUGGACGGAGCCGGCACUGCGCCUGGCCGCUGAGAUGGUCAAUCGCACCUAUGCGCCGCAUAUCACCAUGUCACUGAAACUGAUUUACAAUAUGUCGCAUAAGAUCUGCGAGGAUGCCGAUGCCGAUAAUCCCGGAUUACUUGGACAGUAUUAUUACAGUCAGGCAGAGGCGCUGGAGCAACGCGCUGAUGUGUGUUUGGCCGUGGUGGGAUCCAUUUGCGGUGGGCUUAACGAAGCGGCCAAUUUAGCCCGAGAAUGGAACAUACUGGCCUUUUCCGAUGGUCUGGUCCGCCGCGAUGCCUUCAACAAUCAGCGCCUGCCCACGGCAGUAUCGUUGGGCGGGGCGGUCGACAGCUUCGCCAUGGUGCUGAUGAAUAUCCUGGAGCAGAACGGCUGGCUGCACGUGUCCAUCCUGACGGACAUCGGUCCCGGACCGGGAUUCUUCUACGGUCUGCUCAGCAACGCCAUGAUGAAGAUGUCCGUGGCGUCCUCCACCAUGUACGCCUUUGAGCCGACCAAUUUCAAUGGGUCUAAUCUGGAUACGGUUCUGCCCAUGCUCUUACAUGCCAAAAGCCGCAGUCGGGUGAUAUUUCUCCUGACAUUCACCUACAGAGCACAGAAGAUACUGGAAAUCGCCCGUAGUGAAAAUAUGACCAAUGCGGAAUAUGUGUAUUUUAUCGUUCAACCAUUGGAACAAGAUUUGUACGGGCGAGUUUCGUUGUUCACUAACGCGUCGGACGAGAUGACUGGCGCGUAUUCCCGGGUUGUUUACGUCACGGUUCACAAAACUGGCGACGAUGUGGCGGUACUGAAUCGUCAACUGGCGGCACGCACCCCGCCGGAUCGUCGAACUGGAAAACCGCUUUAUGAUAACGAUACUCAGCCCUUAGAUAACUUCAGCGUACGGGCAACAUAUGACAGCAUCGAGCUCUUCGCCAAACUGAUGAAUGAAACCCAGCAUGCAGAUCCGCAGGCCAAUCGUUGUAACGGUAGCUUGCUGGCCAUGAGGAUGUCGAAUCGCAGUUUUAAUCUGCAGACCGGCGAAUCCUACAUUACGACCGAUGGUACACGCAAUUUGGAUUUGGAUAUCUAUGGAUACGAUUUGAUAGCGAGCGUUAUGAAGCCGCUGAUGUGGUACGACUCCGUGGCCAAUACGCUGGUCAGAAAGCCGAUUUUUCGAAAGGACAACGGUGGGCAUUUUCAGUCGCCGCUGAUCUAUCCUCCGCGGGAUGAACCAGUUUGUGGGUACAAUGGUCAUCUGGGACCAUGCGCUGGAGGUAUUCCCAUUCUCGUCAUUAUUCUCCCGGUUGUUGGAGCCGUUGUGCUUUUCGGCUUCUUAAGCAUGUUCAUUGCACGACGCUUAAAACGCGCCGGCAGCCGUAACGACAAAUGGUGGCUGAUUUCUUCUGACGAUCUCCACAUCCAAAUCAAACACCCAUCCAAACAAUCAGCCAAAGCGGAAUUGAAAGACAAAACCGUAUGGAUCAAGCCCGUCAGCAUCCCGCUCAACUUCAAUAUUGACUCAAUGUUGGGCUUUCCGGUGCUGCAGCAGUUACGCGGAAUCCAUCACCCCAACAUCAACACUUUCCUGGGCAUCUGCUUCCAUCCACAGAAAGCCACAGCGUAUCUGGUCAGUGAGCACUGCCCACGUGGCAGUCUCCUGGAGCUACAGAAACACAUGACCCUCGACUGGGAUUUCUCUUUCUCCCUCAUGCGCAACCUGAUCGAGGGAUUACUGUACAUCCACCAUUCUACCGUUCGGUAUCACGGGAAUCUGGACAUCCAUAAAUGCCUAAUCGAUGGCCGAUUCAGCCUAAAGAUUGGCGCUUUGCGAUACGAUGCCAUCGGUAAUUCUCUCAACAAGGAUCCCAAAGGCAAUUCGCUGAAGGAGCGCCAGGCACACACCACGGGCAUGAAGAGGAAAUCCGUGGUGGAGAGCGGACAGCGUGACGAUAUCCACGUGUUCGGUACGAUCGCCCUGGAACUGUUAGGGUCAGUGGCGACUGAGGUCAUUCGAAAGAACCCGAAGUACAGCAAACUGGAUGUCUUCCUAAAAGAGUGUGUGGGUGAUACCGGCAAACAGAAGCCAACCAUGCGGAUGGUGGAUAAAGCGUUUAAUGAGUAUUCGCGGUCCAGCGCUCAGGAUGUGGUGCAGCUAGUUAUGCGCCGGGUGGAGAAAUACACGGAGGUGCUGGAAGAAGCCGUGGCCGAGAAAACCAAGGAGCUUAUAAACGAGCAGCAUAAAGCGGAUUUACUGCUGCGCGAAAUGCUUCCUCCGUCCGUGGUAGACAAGCUUCGGAACAAAAUUGUCAUCGAACCGGAGUACUUCGAAGCGGUCACCAUCUCCUUUAGCGAUCUUCCAGGCUUCGUGGCCUGGGUGGCCACCGCCACGCCCUACGACGUCAUUGAACUGCUCAACACUAUUUACAGCAUUUUCGAUGAAGAGAUCAGCAGUCAUCACAUGGUGCAGAAGAUCGAGACCAUUGGCGACUGCUACAUGGUAGCCAGCGGUGUACCCAUUCGAAUUGGCAACCAACACGCCGCAGCAGUUUGCCGUUUGGCGAAAUCUUUGCACAAAGCCUUUAACAGCAGUAAACUGGCAGACAAGGGACUAAUGCUGCGAGUCGGAGUCCACUCAGAUCACUGCGCCGCUAGCGUGAUCGGCAGUAAAGUUCCACGAUACUGUUUAUUUGGUGACGCAGUUAAUACUGCCUCGCGAAUGGAAAGUCACGGUGAAGGCGGCAAAGUGCACUUAAGCUACAAAACGCGGGCGUUUCUUACUGAGGGUGAUGAUCUGGUCUGUGAGAGGCGGGGCUUGAUAACGGUCAAGGGCAAGGGAGAAAUGGAAACUUUCUGGCUGGAGCUGUAGUUUCUAGAAUGGAUGGCUGGGUCGAUGUUAAUUUUGGUAGUGCCUCUUCCGUUAUGUCAAGAGCAGUAUUUUUGAACAAAUCCUACGAAACAGAUCUUUACGUCAUUACUGGCUGAUAAAGUCCGCACAGUAAAAUGACAUGUUUUUCUUGUAAUUUUGAAGGUAACGCGAAAAUGUGUAUCCUAUCAAGAAUUUUGUAAAGGUAGUCUGGUGGUUAUUUCAAUAAUUGUGUGAUACAUAUACCCAUAUGCGUGGUAAAAUUUAGCUGGGAAAGA